AUGAGAGCGGCAUGGGCAGCAUUCGCAGCCGUCAGGAAAGCUACAGACCAAGUGAUGGAUCAGGAUCUUCGCGCCCAUCUGUUCGAUUCGACAGUUCUUCCAGCGCUUUGUUAUGCAGCGGAGACAUGGGCAGACACUGCUGCCACAUCUAAGAAGCUAUUUACUGUCCACAGAGCCCUUGAGAGAUGUCUUCUGAAGUUUAACUGGCGCGCACAACACCUAGCCGGUCUUCGCAGCUUCACGUUAAAAGGAAAAUCCCGUCUUCGCGACCCAGCGGAAUACGUAUCGAAAGCAAAACACAGAUGGGCCGGUCACAUCGUGAGAAGAAUCGACGAUAGAUGGACUAAAAGAACGCUAGAGUGGAUCCAAAAAGAUGCUAAACGCCCCCGAGGAAGACCGCCAACGAGAUGGGGUGACGUGUUCGCUACACGGAUGGACCAGCUGAGAGGUCUGCUGGAUGCGGCUCAAGGACUCCGUUAA